AUAUAUAGUGACUCCAUUUUUGUUCAUUAGACCGUCAUUAUGUUGGAUAUCAGUGAAUAUGUUCAAUAAGUGACUUAAGAAGACGCUCGAAAUGUGUAUAUAUAGUGUAUGCUGUGACUUUGUGUUGGUAUGUUCCCAUGUUCGAAAGAGAGAUUUAUAGAUAUAGAGGAGGACCAUGAGGUGAGAUUUAACUACAAAUGCUACUAAUUUAUAGUGUUUCGGGUUUCUCAAAAAAAAAAACAAAAAAUUAUAGCGUGUGGGGUAAAUCAUAUUUUCAUGGUUGAGCAAAUUUUAGCAAAUGAAAACUUUAAUUUACUAUUAAUAAAAACAGAGAAGCUCCUUAUUAUGGUUGCUUGAGGUAGAAUCAACUUUUAUAAUUGGAUGUCAAGAAAAUUGAUGUGUGUUUUUCUUAUUUAUCAAAAUGGAUAGACAAAAGGUUGAUGUUUGUUAACUUACUAAGAAUAUGCCAUCAUGUAGCAUUGUAUUUCCUAGACCACGUUUUGAUAGUUCAUCAGCCUAGAUAGUUGACAACUAUAAUGUAAACACGGAUCUUCCAAUUACCAAUGAUUUUAAAUGCUGCACAAAAAUUUAGUUUGUGAUUUGGGUAGUGGACAAUCUUUGCUAAGAAAAAAGUUGAUGUUCAUCAGAUCAAUUCCGCUGAAUCGCCCUGCCCGUCCUACCUAUCUUCUCCAUCUCACAGGCACGCCACACAAGGUCCUGAUUUUGAAUCACCACCAGGCACCAGGUGCACCACUGACUAAUGGAGGCAAGGAGUGAAAAUGAACCAGAAGUAGACAUCAAGGCAUCAGAAAUAGAAUAUGUUAGCUAUGGAGGUGAACAUCAUCUACCUCUUAUCAUGAACCUUGUUGAUGAAGAGCUUAGCGAGCCCUACUCCAUCUUCACUUACCGCUACUUUGUCUAUCUUUGGCCACAAUUAUCUUUUAUGGCCUUCCAAAAGGGGAAAUGUAUAGGGACGGUGGUCUGCAAGAUGGGGGAGCAUCGUGGUACGUUCAGAGGUUACAUUGCUAUGCUUGUGGUGCUUAAGCCUUACAGAGGCAAAGGAAUCGCUACAGAACUUGUCACAAGAUCAAUCAAGGUGAUGAUGGAAUCUGGUUGUGAAGAGGUGACUUUGGAAGCAGAAGUUACGAAUAAAGGAGCACUCGCUUUGUAUGGCCGUCUUGGAUUUAUUAGAGCAAAGAGACUUUUUCGUUAUUAUUUGAACGGUGUAGAUGCUUUCCGGCUGAAGCUAUUGUUUCCACGGAUAGAACCACAACCCUUUCAUUCCAUGGCUGCUGAUGGUGAUGAUAGCCAUGAGUAUAAUGAGCAUGUACAUUAUGGAGAGAAUCCCCCUUGUUGCCAACACAGCAUGUAAACUGAAUAUUCUGAUUAAACAGGUAACUUGUGCUAUGAUAUCAGUGGUGGAGCCAGAAAUUUCAUUAUGGGAAUUCAACUUUUAAAACAAGAGACUAUACCAAGUUUGUGUUUCAGUCAAGGGAAUUCAACCCUUGUAAUUUAUUGCGCAUUUUAUUAUUUUUGACUUGUAAUGUACAUGUAUAAUAAGUAAAAUUUUGAGCAAGGGGUAUCUUAUGAACCACGUGGCUUCAAUGU